AUGGCGAAUGUUCUCUUGGCCGGCCUCGCUGAAAGACGAACCAUUCGAAGAGAGCGUGUUUUUCGUGAUCGUACUCACCCUCUGGAUGUUUUAAAUGACGGCGAUGUCGUCGCUCGGUAUAGACUUGACAGGCGGUCAAUUUUGCAAGUUGUGGACUUCUUAACACCGGCUUUGGAGAGACCUACUAAUCGGAACCAUGCAAUUCCUGUCGUCCUGCAAGUCCUCACAGCUCUGAGAUACUAUGCCUCAGGGUCUUUCCAAAGUUUAGUGAGCGAUCUUCAUGGGAUAAGUGUUCCAAGCACGUCCAGAAUAGUCAGAAGUGUCACUACCGCCAUCGUUAAUUUAAAUACAUAUCCCCUUUCAAUUUCAUUUCCCUCAAAUCCGAGGGAAAUUGCAGAGGCCCAGCAGGCCUUCUACGAGAUUGCAAAUUUCCCACACGUAGUCAGCUGCAUAGAUGGCACGCAGAUUGCCAUAAAGUCCCCAACAAAAGAUGAACAUGUGUUUGUGUGUCGCAAAAACUACCAUUCACUCAACGUGCAGGCCACAACAGAUGCGAGACUUAGAUUCACCAGUGUAGUAUCUAGGUAUCCAGGGUCAGCACAUGACAGUUUCAUAUUGAAGCAAAGCGGCAUUUGGAAGAAGUACCAGAAUGGUGAUUUUGAUGGUACCAUUAUCCUUGGGGACAGUGGUUAUCCUCUGAAACCAUGGUUAAUGGUACCCUUCAUACAGACACAUAAUGAUGCACAGGCCAAGUACAACAAGAGCCACAAAACUACAAGGUGUACAAUUGAGAGGGCUUUUGGAGUAGCUAAGUCGAGGUUUAGAUGUAUUCACCACAAAUCUGGCGGGUUCCUGAUGCAUUCGCCAGAAGUGAGUGCACAGGUUGUUGUAGCUGUCUUUAAGCUACACAACCUGUGCAUCAACAACCAGCUACCUAACCCCGAGAUAGAGCCGGACGAUGCGGAAGAAGGGGAUGAUGAUGAUGACCACACCACAGGUGUUACCCUGCUUGCAGAUGGGGCACGAGCCAGAGAUGAACUUGUUAGGUUCAGAUUUAGCUAG